UGAGAUGAUGUCUUGCACUGUUUUGUGUUAAAUAAAUACGAUUUACCGAAAGUUUUUUCCGAAUUUAUUUGUAUAAUCCAGUGAUAGUGGUUUCCAGGAUACUAGGCUAGAGCUGGUAUUUUCUUUUAAAUAAGUACUUCAUCAGUCUCAAAUCUUGAUCGUAAUUAUUUUGUCAUUCCUAAAGUUUGAUCUUCGUAUGUGUAAAUCAUAUGGCGUCAUUAUCCUUACCCCGUGUUCUUCAAUUAAAGAAGAACAGCUUGGAUGCUGAGCGUGAGCAGUUUGAGAAGUUUCAGCGCCGUAACCCUUACUAAUGCAUGCUGUCACGGCUGUGCACUAACACGUUACUAUGGCAAACCCAGCAGACAAACGGUUCCACCAGCUGACAUUAGCUAUACAGAAAGCUAUAAACGCAAUAGAGACACCCGUCAAAGAGAAACAUGUUCGCAGUACUAUCAUCGGAACGUUUCAAGAGCAAAGCGCCACUACAUAUUGGAUGGUGGCGCUCCGGCAGCCUUUGCAAGACAACCGCAUCGUCGCGUGGAAGUUCUGUAACGUGACGCACAAGUUGCUGCGCGAGGGCCACCCCGCCUGCCUCGACGACUCGCAGCGCCACAUAAGUACCAUAGAGAACCUCGGCAAACUAUGGGUACACCUUCGAGAAGGUUACGGGAGAUUAAUAAACUUGUACAGCAAUCUGCUUGUGACCAAGUUGAAGUUCCACGCUCGCAACCCGCGCUUUCCCGGUAAUAUGCUGUUGACAGCUGAGGAACUAGACGCCAUCGCUGAAAAUGACGUCAACAACUAUUUUCAGAUUUGCGUGGAGCUGUUCGAUUAUAUGGACGAUAUUCUCACUCUGCAAGCUGCAGUGUUCGACAGUUUAGGCAACGCCAGAGCAAACUCGAUGACUGCCAGCGGGCAGUGUCGGCUGGCGGCGCUGAUUCCGUGCGCGCAGGACUCGUCGCACAUCUACGACUGCAACGUGCGCCUGCUGUUCCGACUGCACGCGUCGCUGCCGCCCGACGUGCUGGCCGGACAUCGAGAGAGGUUCCGACAGCAGUUUAAGAAACUAAGUUCAUUCUACAAACACGCGAGCAGUUUACAAUAUUACAGAAACUUGUUGACGCUUCCGGUUCUGCCUUCCAAUCCGCCUAACUUCUUACUGCAGAGCGACUUUGGCACGUACGUGGCGCCCGUGGUGUCGAUCCCGGAGCCGCCGCCUGAAGACAUGGACACUGUGGGCUCUCUCAUCGACACCUCCGACACUAUCAGUCAGACGACAACUCCAGACAUGGACAUGGUGGACACGCGCGCCACGCCGUCCCCCAUACCCGACCCCAUCAUAGAGCGGGACCGGCUCAUUGAACACCUUCAGAACGAACUCAAACGGAUGCGGUCAGAAGUGUCGCAGAUAAUACAAGAGAGGAAUACUAUGCUCGGGUCAAUGAGGGAACAUUGCACGCGAAUGGAAUCCCAACUACGUGCCACAAAGACUGAACUUAAUGAAGAAAAACAAAAGGCUGAAGUUUUAUUAGUGGAGACACCACAAAUAAAAAAAAAACUCACAGACACAGAGGAGAAAUCCAAAGUGCUGGACGAAAAAUUCCAAAAAUUAAAAGGAGCUUACACACAGUUGAGGGAAGAACACAUUACAUUGAUCAGACAGAAAGCGGAGGUGGACAAGUUGGCUGCGAGUUUACGAGCGUCUGCGGCUCAACACGAGACUGCUAAAACAGCUCUACAACAACAACUGAACGAUCGAAUGAAGGAUGUUGAACUUCUCCAACAAAGUGCAUCUUCAAGUGAAGAAAUAGAAGCAUACAAAAAUGAAAUAACGCAUCUCCGGAGUGAUCUAGAACAUGCAAUACUUAAAGCGGCAGAGUUGGAAUCUCUCAAAGCGUCCAUGGAAACGUUAGAAAUUGAGCAUAAAACAGUUGCUACUGAGCAGCAAGAUAAACUUACAGUACUAGCUAGCGAUCUUAAAGAGGCCAAAGAAAAUAUUGAAAAAUUAAAAACUGAUAUAACAGAUAAAGAUAGUGAGUUAAGUAAAGUGAAGGAGGAGUUAACAGGACUUAGAUCAAAAAGUAGUGAUGAAUACAAAAAAGCAGUGGAAGAAAAGGAAGAUGCAGUUAAACAGUUAUCUGAAUUGAAACAGCAGUAUGAACAAGAAAAAGAGUUGACUGAAGCUAGAUUAGAGCAUACGGAGAGCGAGAGACUGACCGCAGAGUGUGAAUUGCAGGACUUGUUGCAACAAAACACAGUCCUUGAGGCUGAUAUGGCGUCGCUCAAAAUACAGUUGGACGAGGCCAAUGCACUUAUCAAAAAACAAUCAUGGCGAUUGGUGGCAUGCGCCGGUGAGAGUGCCUUGGAGGUAGUGAACGGAGCUCUAUCUGCCUUCGAGAACUCCAACGCGCAAGACGCCAACAAACUGGCAGCAGAACUCGCUGCCAAGGCGUUCGAAGACCUUGCAAGAAAAAGCCAGAUCGAGGGUAAUGAGGAGCUAGUGGCCAAGUCGUCUAUCUUCGCAGCGCACAACACGGCGCAACUGUCGGCGUAUGUCGCUGAUCUGUCCAACAUUUCCACGGACCUGGAACUUUCUGAUAAACUGAACAACGAGUGCCGCAGUAUGCUGACGUCGACGAAGCAGUGCCUGGAGGCGGCGGCGGGCGGCGCGCUGGACCGCGCGGCGUGCAUGGAGGCGCGAGCGGGCGUGCAGAGCGUGGCGCGCGCCGCCGCCGCCGCCGACCGGCUGGCCCGCGGCGCGCGCAGCGUGGACGACGAGCUGGCCGACAUGGACAGCGCUAUCGAAGAGGCGGCCAGCCAGAUUGAAGGAAUGCUAGCAGCCAGCCGGGCGGGCGACUCCGGCGUCAAGCUGGAAGUGAACGAGAAGAUUCUGGACGCCUGCACCACGCUGAUGGGCGCCGUCAAGGUGCUGGUGCAGGAGUCGCGCAAGCUGCAGAGCGAGCUGGGCGACCCCACCACGCGCCUGAAGAUGUACCGCCGCAACCCGCAGUGGUCGGAGGGACUCAUAUCCGCGUCCAAGGCGGUGGUGUUCGCUGCUAAGCUCUUGGUGUCGUCGGCGGACGAGGCGGUGGGCGCGGCGGGGCGCGCGGAGGGCGUGUCGGCGGCGGCGCACGAGGUGGCGGGCAGCACGGCGCAGCUGGUGGCGGCGUCCCGCGCGCGCGCGCCGCCCGCCGCGCCCGCGCUCGCGCGCCUCACCGCCGCCUCGCGCGCCGUCGCCGCCGCCACCGGCGCCGUCGUGGCCGCCGUGCGCGCUGCCUCCGCGCUCGUGCGCGACCAGGAAACGUUGGACACGUCGGCGCUGUCGCUGACGGCCACGCGGCGGCUGGAGAUGGACAGCAAGGUGCGCGCGCUGGAGCUGGAGAGCGCGCUGGAGGCUGAGCGCGCCCGCCUCGCCGCGCUGCGCAAGCGGCACUACCACCUCGCGCAGCUGCAGGAGGUAACGCUGACCCGCAGGGACGCUGCACACGUCGGCGCUGUCGCUGACGGCCACGCGGCGGCUGGAGAUGGACAGCAAGGUGCGCGCGCUGGAGCUGGAGAGCGCGCUGGAGGCGGAGCGCGCCCGCCUCGCCGCGCUGCGCAAGCGGCACUACCACCUCGCGCAGCUGCAGGAGGUAACGCUGACCCGCAGGGACGCUGCACACGUCGGCGCUGUCGCUGACGGCCACGCGGCGGCUGGAGAUGGACAGCAAGGUGCGCGCGCUGGAGCUGGAGAGCGCGCUGGAGGCGGAGCGCGCCCGCCUCGCCGCGCUGCGCAAGCGGCACUACCACCUCGCGCAGCUGCAGGAGGUAACGCUGACCCGCAG